AUGUCAGUACCACCGAAGUUUGCUGGCACCGGACUAGAGGAAGUGAAUAUUCCAGGUCAAGCAUAUUUAAGAGAAGCCCUCACAUCGUGUACCGAUCCCUUGAAGGCGAUUGAAAGCUUUCAGCUGGAAAAUGGUGUACUAUUGCCGUCUUUGCGUCCAAUGCUGCCAUUGCUUGACUUACAUGGUGUUCGCCGUUUGGACUUCCACACAUCCCUAAUGGAGGAGCUGCGAGAAAAACUAAUUGCUCAUAUUAAUGAAUUGGGACAAAAGGAUCCACGUGAACGCGAUAAAAAGUUGAGAGAAUUGUUGAUUAAAAGUUUUCCUGUUGUGCGAGUUAAGGCGCUCCGGCCUGUAGUAAUGGCAAUUUUACGUAAUACCCAACAUAUUGAUGACAAGUAUUUGCGAAUACUGGUACGGGAUCGCGAACUUUAUUCGGAUACGGAUACAGAAGUAAAAAGGCAAAUUUGGCGUGAUAACCAAUCGCUGUUUGGUGAUGAAGUUUCACCACUUCUGUCACAAUAUAUUCGUGAAAAGGAACAUGUAUUAUUUGAUCACACCAAUUUGAACAAUCUAUUCUUUCAUCCCUCACCUAAGGUUCGUCGACAGGGGGAAGUAGUGCAAAAGUUGGCGAAUAUGAUUGGACAAAGUGUCAAACUGUACGACAUGGUAUUGCAGUUUUUACGAACACUAUUUUUACGUACCCGUAACGUUCACUAUUGUACUCUUCGUGCUGAAUUAUUGAUGGCACUCCAUGACUUAGAGGUACAAGAAAUUAUAUCAGUAGAUCCCUGUCAUAAAUUUACUUGGUGUUUGGAUGCCUGUAUUCGGGAGAAAAAUGUGGACAUAAAAAGGUCACGUGAGCUGCAAGGUUUCCUGGAUAACAUAAAACGUGGUCAAGAGCAGGUUUUAGGUGAUUUGUCUAUGACUUUAUGCGAUCCAUACGCCAUAAAUUUUCUGGCAACAUCAGCAAUAAAAAUUUUACAGCAUUUAAUUAACAACGAAGGACUACCUCGAGAUAAUACUAUUCUCAUUUUACUAUUGCGUAUGCUCGCUUUGGGAUUGAGUGCAUGGGUAAUGAUCGACUCGCAAGAUUUUAAGGAACCAAAGCUCGACUGCCAGGUUGUAACAAAGUUUCUGCCGGCGCUAAUGUCUCUCAUGGUAGAUGAUCAAUGUCGCAGUUUGCACUCGAAACUGCCUCCAGAUGAACGUGAAUCAGCACUUUGUACAAUUGAACAUUCAGGCCCAGCACCAGAUGCAGUUGAGGCCUAUAUACAAGAAAGCUCCGUAGCCAGUAUAUUGGCUAUGUAUUAUACCUUGCACACGGCACGAGUAAAAGACCGAGUUGGCGUUUUACGAGCAUUAGCCAUAUUAUCGGCAUGUAAGGACGAUCGAGCAUACGAGGAUCCCUUUUUACAUUCACUUAUCGCUUUGCUAAUUCCAAUGGCUGAAGAAUUUUCUGCUGAAGAUUUCUGCACAACACUGUUUGAUGAGUUUCUUUUCGUUGGAUUGACUCGUGAUAAUGUUACAAGACAUAUGUUAAAACUUUUGUGGUAUGUGCACAAUAAAUUACCUCCAGGAAGAUUGGCCACACUCAUGAAAGCUAUACAGCCUACAACAGGCCAUAACGAAACAGUACACAAAUUGUAUGAAACACUACAAGAACGAAUUGGUACAACCAUUCAUGAAGGCCCAAUUUCAGAGCAGCAAGAGGUGGAUUUCGACUCACCCUUAAAGAGUGUACCCACCCCAGGGCCGGCUUAUAUGCAAUAGAUUUUAGAUAAUUUUUAUAACAUAAAUUUUUUAAAUAAAGUAACCACACAAAAUAUUUAA